AUGGGGAGAGAGGACAGACUGAAGCUGAUUUUUCAGAGGAAGCUGUUCAAAACAGAUGUGACUCCUGGUGAGAGCCGUCUCUCUAUGCCUUUCAACGAACUCAUCUGUAAAGACUUCUUGACACCUUCGGAGCUGAGAAACGUGAAAUAUGGUGUCAUGUUGAAAAGAUGGGAGAUGAAGAAAGAUUCAGGGAAUGGAAGCUGGAACUAUGCUUUGACUUGCGGAUGGAACGAUGUCGUAACGGCUAAUGGAUUGAAACAGAACGACAACAUCAGUAUCUGGUGUUUCAGGUGGGGAGGUCUCCUCUGUUUUGCUCUUGUCACUCCUCCUCCUUCUUCUCCUUCCAUGGCACAGAGUAGCUCUCCUCUUGCUCUCUGUCUCUGA